AUGGUCAUGAAAGAGUAUACCGUAAAUACGAGGGACAUUAAUUUAUACUACUUAAAAAUGGAAGUUAAGCAGCAAGAAGAUGCGGAACUUAAGUGGAUAUCUCUCGAAAAUGAUAGCUUAAUCUUAGAAAUUUUAUCUACUACGGCCCAUGCAAAGCCUUCCUUUCAGUUAGCGGUAAAAGAAGGAAAAUUAAUUAAAAUUUAUGGUUAUGUUCUAGCACCGGAGGCUGAUUAUAAAACCUUAAUCGUAUCUGAAGAAACGAAGGCUUAUAAUGUUGUUCGAAUGGUUCUGGCGUCGUAUAAAUCCAAUGAAAGCCCCAAUCACUUUUGUUUACAUGAAGUAUCACAAAAGCAUCGCAUUGAUAGAAUAAUUAUGGAUGAUGAAUGUCCAGUAGCCAUUCAAGAUAUAUGGGGCAAAAGCGCGAACGCUACCUUACAUCUUUGUCGUAAAGCAUAUGAUUUUGAUCAAGGAAAAUAUCAACCUGAUAAUUCGGAUGGUGCAAACUUACAAUUGUUAAGAAGAGCACGAUUAGCAAGGCCGCCAAAGAUUUCAUCUAAUGCAAAAAGCGCUUCUAUUGAUUAUGACGGGUUUGAAAGCAAUGGCGGCAGCAGCUCUAAUCAGAGCUCGAUUAUCUAUAGAAAUCCCCAUUCUGAGAAAAGAUGCAGAAGAUGUUCUGAGCAAUUCCAUGAUAAAGUUUUCAAGAAAAUCGUUACCGGUAUUCAAGAUAUUACUCUCGCAACUACUCAUACAAACAACGAUGGUGAUAGUGGAUAUCAAGUCAGCGGUCAGUGUACACCAGUCUCAAGCUCAACAACAUCGCCUUGUGCAGGCUCUUUAGCAAAUGUUAGUAUUGAUACCUUAGAUUUGGGAAGUUGCGGAGAAGAUGAUCGUCAACCGGAGGUCUUCGAUAUCACUAAUGCCGCAAUAAUUAUUGAUCCUCCUCCCGAAUUUGCCACAUCUAUUAAUCAACAAUUAGACGGAGACGAUUUGAAAAAUCAAACCCCAAAAAUUAUUGAGACAGUCACAAUUAACUCAGCUGAGACUGAAAACCUUAAACAAAAUGAUAUUAACCAACUUCAUGAAGUCACUAAAAGCCGUCAAAAAACUGAAAAUGAUGUUGUCGAAGGAAAUAAACUGCUAUGUCCUCCACAAGCUAGUCUUCCUGCUCCGAUACGUAAAAUGUCACUCAAUUCUCUUUUAGAUAUGAAGAAAGCAGAAAACAAAGAUGCCAAAUUCAAUGAAACUUUAUCUGUUGGAUCGCAAACUAAACCACUUAAUGCUAUGGAACUACUGAUGACGUCGCAGCUAACCUUAAAUUUGCAUAGUAUUUUGGGUCAACGUCGUCAUUUCCUGGCUAUAACAAUAUUACAACAUCAAUAUAAUCAUCAACAGCAACAAGAAUCAAACAUUGUUGGAAUUGAAUUUUGCCAGAAAUCGAGCAGUGACGUUGAUUCAUAUUCUUUGAGACGCGGUAUUUAUAUCAUCAAAAUUGAUGAAAAUGGAGUUAUAGGUAGAGAUGGUCAGUUACUAGUUGGUGAUGAAAUUGUAGAAGUUAAUGGCGAGUUUGUUAUGGCUACUUCUAUAAAAGUAGUCGAAGAUACAUUUAAUGCCGCUAUAUCUCAUUUGGGGUUGUUAGAACUUGUUAUAUCCCGGGAAAUGAACUUUAAAACUAACUAUGCGUCGCAUAUAUCAAAUUUAGAAGAUCACAAUGUAAAUACUGUUGUUGAUGAGCAAAUAAAGAAUUUGGAGAGCACUCUUAGUGAUUCGCAAGACGAAAAGCGAAUGUUGCAGCUGAAAAUAAAAAUGUUAGAUUUGCAACUACAACAUGCCGAAAUGGAGAUUGAAAAGAAAAAUCGAGAAAUAGCCAAGAUGCGCUUAUCCAAUUCUAAUCAUAAAAACUCUUUAUCGAAGCGAAACUACCAAGUAAGUAAGAGAAGCUCGAUUAAAAGAUCAGCCAGAGAUAAGAAAAUGGCACCGACCGGAUCAGAUGAAAAUUUGCUGCAAUGA